AUGCCCAUUCAUGUAGUGCUCCGGAUCAGUGAGGAGGGUUCCAACUCGAUGCGAGGUGGGGAUGUGAAGGAGGUCGUUGGCGUUUCAGGUUCCAUCCGACGUGUAGUGACCUUCAAGAUUUUGGCUGCCGAGCAAGAGGUGAAGAAGAUGGGUGAUGUGGCCACUCCGCUGCCAGGCAUGGGACAACCCGGGGAGAAGCUGGCGGAGUUCUUCUAUGAGACACUCCAAGAGGCCUCGCAGUCGGACAAAGUGGCCCAAGCAAGCGUGGCCGCAGCUCGGAAGCUCUUGCUCCACAAGACUGCUGAGCUCAAAAAGUUGGCCAUGGCCGGCGGCGACCGGAGCGGUUCGGGUGGCGAGCUUGGGCGCCUGCAGACGCGCGUCAACUCCAUGCAGCAGGAAAUCGCGAAGUUCCGCAGCAACAUCUCCAAUGCCGAGGAGCGGUUCCGCGUGAAGGAACAGCUGGUGGAGGUCAUGGACAAGCUGCAGAUGGUUGAGGGCGAGGUGGAGAAAGUCGCCGCCAAUGACAUCCCGGAGCAGGAAUACUCACCAGAGCUUGUGCAGGAGGCCGAUAAGGCGAACACCUCGGUGAAGAUGAAACUGGAGCAGCUGGCGAAGCUCCUGGAGAUCAAGCAACGCAGUGCGGGCGGCGUUCUGCUGGAGGAGCUCACUGCUAUGCAGCAACGCAAUAAGAAGGCUGAGAAGAAGUUAGAGAGGGUCAUGCAAGCAGCCACCGAGAGGAAGCAACAGCUUCAAGCGUCAGAGAUGGUGGGACAAAGCCUAGAACAGGUGGAACGCAGCGAGUUGGAGCUGCAGAAGGCCGUUCAGGCGGAUUGGCCCUUCCAGUCAAGCUUCGAGGACGCACCGCUCCAAACGAUGCAGACUGCGCUGGCCGAGAGCGAGGCGGCCUGCUUACAGACUCAAAAGGCCAUCAGCGAGGCCAGGGGGUUGAUCUUGGAGCACUUGGCGAAGGCCAAAGACUUCCAAGGAGUGGUUCAAGACUUUUGCUCCAAGGAGCUCGUUGUCUUGCAAAAGCGAUUGGAUCAGAUGGCCUCCAAGCUUGGGGAGCUCAAAAAGGAGGGCACGGAGCGGAAGCGAAAGGUGCAGCUGCGCAGCACGGCCGAGAAGAUCAGCGAGGUCGAGGCGUCGGUUCAGCAGCUCACGUCGCUCGUGCAGCGUUUGGGUCAAGAAGCUUCGUCGAGCCUCUCGAAGGCGCAGGCACAAGAGAGGUGCGAAGAAGGCUACGCCUUGGAAGAGACCGCCAAGAAGCUGGUCGAUGGCGCCAAGCGCUUCUUGACGCAGCGCGAGGCGGAGGCCAAGACGCUGGCCGAGACCCACCGCCUUCCUUUCAUGACGGACCUCGCGAAGCUGAGGUCACGGCUAACAACAGCUCAGGUGAAUCUCAGUAAGCUUUCCAAGGAGCUCACGGAGUACGAACACGGCUAUGUGGCCAAGCAGCUCGCGCAGGACGUCUCAAGUGAGCUGACACGCCUCAACAAGGAGACCGAAGUGGCGCUUCAGGCUUGCAGCGCGUUGCUGGAAGAGGAAGGCCACCGAAAGGUCCUACAAGCCUUGCGCCAGGAUGCACUGGUGGAAGCCCUCCAGGAGGAACUGAAGUCUCAAAGCAUCGAGGAUCUUUGGGCCGGGCUCAGCAACGGUCCAAGUGUGAGUGAAGAGGACUUUAGAGUUUGGCUGCAAACGAGGCUGGAAGCGAGGCCUUUCAGCACUCCAAUUACGGAGGAGCAGAUCCGGGAUGUGUGGCCUUUGCUGACAAACUCCGCUGAGCCGGGCAGCGCCAGCGCCGGACGACCGGGACUCUCCGAGGCAACGUUGAAGGAACUGCUCCGGGAACGGCGCCAUGUCACCGGAGCUGCAGCGCAGCUUUGGGAUGCGCCGGAAGGCGGUGAAGAGCUGGGGCAGCUCUAUGAGGGAGAAGGCUUGGAAGUCUUGGAGGCGAAUUCGGGUGAACGCCUCCAGGGCCGUUUGCUCCGGGACAGCCGGACCUUCUGGGUGCCUUCCUCGGCCCUCUCUGCUUCCACCGGCGCCACCAAGCUGCAGAGCCUGGUAGCCUACAUCAAGGCGAUCACUGCGAAUUGCGACUUCUCGGCAAAGCAGACGCAGCAGAAGGGUGCACAGGUCAUCACUUUGAAGACAGGGCCCUUGGUCGCGGUGGGCAACCAGCUGUUGGAAGCCUCCAAGAAGUUCAUGGAGGAGAAAGAUAAGUUAGAAGCCUUGAAGGAGAAGUUGACCUUGGCCAAGGAUGCCGCUGUACGAGAGCACGAGGCAGAAGUCAAGGAGCUGGAGAGCGCCAAGUGUCAGGCCUUUGCGGAGAAGUCCUUGGCGAAAGCCAAAGGAGAGGUGCAACAGGCCAACCACGCCGUGCAAGAGGUGGGCUCCAAGGACUUGUCGCCCGAGCAGGUGCAGGAGCUGCCGCCCUCCGAGCUGGAGGCCUUGCUGAAGAAGAGCGAAGGGGCUGAGGAGGCCCUGAACACUGCUAAGGCCACCAUCGAGGAGGUCCGGCUGUCCUUCGAAGGCUUUAAAGGUCCCAAGAAGUUGAUGUUGCAGGUGAGAGUGGAACUGGAGCGUUUGAAGAAGGUACUGAAAGUCUCGCAGCAGGCCUGGGAGGGCAACCAUCAACAGAUCUCCACCACCUGUGCACAGGUGCGCAAGCGGCUGAAGAUGCGGGCGCGGCAGGCGCUGCGGAUGUGCUUCCGUCAGGCGGAGCUGUCGGCUGAGAGUGCCUUUCAACAAGUGGCCAGGCGCGAUCCGAAGAGGGUCAGCCACCAGGAGUUCCUGCGCUUCGUGGAGAACUUGCCAGACGCCCACGGCACGAAGGUGAGCAGUGAGCAGGCAGAGUUGAUCUUCCAGGACUUUGAGACCAGCGGGAUGGAGAAGGUGCAUUUCUUUAAGGCCGUGCAAGAGUAUGCUGUGUGCAUCAAGGAGAUUUCCAUGACCAGCGAUUUUCACAUCCAGAUCUCCGACCGACUCCGAAAGCUCCUGGCGCAGGAGGUGGUGGAGAUCUUCGAAGGCCCCAGGGAUGACGAGGAGGCGGCGGUGCAGCGCGUGCGCUGUCGAGCGCUCAAGGAUGGGCAAGUGGGAUGGGUCACCACCAAAGGCAAUCAAGGCACGGCGUUCCUGAAACCUCGGGAGAAGCCGGUGCUGCAGGUGCUGAGGGAGGCGGACCUUCGGGAGAUGAUGCCCUUGGAUGCAGCCAAGUUGGGGCAACUGCAGGUGGACGAGAAGUUGGAGCUACUGGAAGGCCCAAGGGAGGAGACCUUUCAGCCGCAGAUUUUCCUCCAAAGCGACGAUGGCUUCGUGUCACUCGAGGCUCUUGAAGCCACGGGCACCACUUGCAGCACGAAGCACUUUGUGUGUCGGGCCACCAUCGCCAUGACCGAUGUCCAUGACAUCUCCGACUGCAAGGUGUUAGGUAAGAUCCACGUGGGCGAGCUGCUGGAAGCCGUGGACGAGCCCGAGCCACCCCUGGUGGACGACGAGGCGGCCCCGGCCACCACGUCCGGCCGCGUCACGCAGCCGUCCUCGACGUCCUCGGGGUCGAAGACGUUGCCACGGCGGCGGUUUCGAUCGAAGACCCUGGAGAAGGAGGGCUGGGUCACACUGCAGGGCAAUGCAGGCACGGUCUACCUGGAGCAAAGUGUCCAGCACUUUGUGCUCUGUGGGCCUGUGCCGUUGCUGAGCUCGCCUAACAAAGACGGCCUCUUAAAGCGGAUGUUGGAAGAAGGAGAGCUGUUGGCGGUGAAGCAGAAGGUCACCAAGACCAUUCCGCCGCAAGUCAUGAUGCAGGUCCGCUCCUUGGACGAUGCAAGAAGGAGCGGAUGGUUAUCCUUUGUAGCCGGGCCAGACGCGCCAGUGAAGCCAUGGGUGGAGCGGAGCAGUGCAGGUUGA